AAUUUAUUGACGUAUAAAAUGACAUUUCAAUUAAUAAUCUGUGUUUUGGCAGCGGGCGGUAUUGAAUCGAGAACCAAAGUUAUUUGAUAUUUCUUUUCUUUUUGUUUUCAGCGAUGAUAAUGUUUAUUUCACAAAAGAACAAUUGUAACAACAAGAAGGAAGGUUUUAAUAACUUUAAAUUUUAUUAAAAUGCUAUUGUGUUGAGGAAACAAUGAACGAUAGCGCCGCCGAAUGCUCGGAAGCUUUGGAUCCUCGCGUUCAGAUUGAGCUAGAGCGAUUAAACACUGCGACAGAUGAGAUCAACAGGCUUGAAGUUGAGCUGGACGAGGCUCGGCUGGCAUUCCGAAGACUGCUUGCAGAAGGGCACCUGCGGAUACAGCAGCUUACCAAGAAGCUUGGUACCAGUGUGCACAAAGCCAGGCCUUAUUAUGAAGCUAGAUUCAGAGCUAAUAUUACCUCACAAGAGCUGCAAACAGCGACAGUCGCCUACGACAAAGCGAACAGCGCGCACGCGGCGGCGCGGGAGAUGGUGUACCUGGCGGAGCAGGGGCUGGCGCGCCUGGCAGAGGGCGGCGCCGGCGUCACGCUCGACCCCGCCUGGCAGGAGAUGCUCAACCACGCCACGCAUAGGGUUAACCAGGCGGAGAGCGACCGUGCGCACGCGACGGUGACGCAGCGCACGCGCGCCGCCGCGCACCGCGCCGCCUCCACGCUCGUACACCAACUGCAGAGCUCGCUCAAACGACAUAUCGCCAAAUCCAGACCAUACUUUGAGGAGAAGGCUCGUAUCAACACGGCGCUAGAGGCGCAGAAGGCUCGGAUCCAGACCCUGGAGGAACAGGUCGCUGACGCCAAGCAGCAGUACUCCUCGGCGCUGCGGAACCUCGAGCGGAUCUCCGAUGAAAUACAUAAACACCGGUCUAGGAGACAGUCCGCUAGGAAUGUUCCAGAAAUGGACCGGUCGACGACGACAGACACGGCGAGCGACACGAACACGACGAGCAGCGACAAGCUGGAGGAGUUGUGCGAGAGUAGCACGGAGGCCAGUGUCCGCGAGUGGCUGCGGCGCGCUGCCGACCACCAGCGGCCCAGGCAGCUGCCCGACUGCGACACCUGGACCGAGAUCGAUCUGGACUACUCCAGUCCGGAGGAGGUGAGUUUCGAGAAAUGCUCGCUGCGAGCUCGUUCGACUCCGGAGAAGUGGUCCCCGCCCAGCCCGGUGGAGUCCCGGGCGUCGGCGGCGGAGCCCCGGCGUAUCAUCAGGACUGCGCCCCGCACACACGUGCUCCGGGAGGACCUCGACCGGCCGCGGAGACAGAGCCUCGACGCACUGCUGCAUGACACCGGGGAGAAGGUCAAGGAGAUGUUCCAAGGCCUGUCCCUGUUCGGCGAGCGUCGCGGGUCGAUGUCGGUCCCCCGCACCCCGCGCCGCGCCGCGUCCCCCCGCGCCGCCUCCUCGCACAGCGACGACCGGUACUCCGACACCGACAGUCUCGCCAGCGUGGAGAUGUUGACGGACGAUCAGAUCGCGUCCCUGAUGCUGGACGCGCAGCUGGAGGCGGUGUGCGAGCGACUGGCCGGCGUCGCCGUCAGACAGGGACGCGACCCGCACUCGCCCGAACAUCGAUACUAGCACAGGUUGUGUUAUUUGCAGCUGAAAAUUACGUAAUUUCAAGUAGAGCAGUUGAAAGGUAAAUAACGAUCAGUACAAUGAAUCAUAAUGUUGUUGCAUAAGGUUGAUAAUCGUGUAACGAUAAGGUCUGUUUUAUAUCGAAAGGAAAUCGACUACCAUCGUAAGAAUUAACAUGAUUCUACACAUCGUGGUGAGAGAAAUCAUAAUAUUGAUAUCGACCAUUAAAAAGACGAUGUUUAAAAAGUAGAAAUCUGUCAAAAAAUUUAAAAAGAUCUCCCACUGAAUAAUACUAUCUCGAACGCAAGCAAAAGUGGACCUUAUCGCCUUAACAAAAUAAUUUAUCACCUUUACAAAAUUAAACCUUCAAUUACUAAACAUUAAGGUACAUUUUGUAUUCACACUCCAUUCUUAAACUAUUAUAGUUUAACGCCAUCUAGCGAGCGACACCGACAAACACAAAUUGUACUAGUCUACGCCUUAAUACUCUGCGAUACACGUUUUAGAGAUAACCGCACGUUAAAAUACACUGAAAUGUCCAAUUUGUUUAAAAUAAUUUCGUCUUUAUGGCUUAUAUUAUAAAGGUAAAACAUUUUAUUGUUUGAUUGCAUUUAAUAUGCUCCGAAAGUACCAAAUCGAUUAAAACAAAAUUUGACUCGACCGAGAAUUAGUCGAAAAAAAGUAAGCGUCCACAGGCCCGCAUCGUACGUAUCGCACGCAACGGAUUUUAGUUUGUCUUGUAUAGAAACUCAUACAACUGCGUCCACUGAUCCGCAUCGUACGGACCGCAUCAUCGGCUAUGCCUACAUGCGAUGCGUACUGAUGACGUCACACGGAACGCCGAUGCCAAAAAUCCGAUCGCUGCCGAUACAGUGUAAAAUUAAUCCGUUUCAUGCGAUCCGUUCGAUACGUACGAUGCAAGUCUGUGGACGCUUUAAAUUCCACGUCGGUAGAAGUUUCGCUGGUUCGAAGCUAGUUUUGUUAUAAAGUCGAAAUUAAUUUGACGAUUUCGUGUAGUUUGACGUGCGGUUAUCCCUUCAUUAUGAAGCUUUUUGUCUAUUAGUACACAUAUCAUACGGAUGGGUUUACUGGGCGGCUACUGCCAGCUUGUCUCAUGAAGAAAAAUCAUAGUCUUGACUCCAUGCUACAAUUCAACCACGAUAAGCGUAACAUUAGCUAGAAUAAUUCAUCAAACGUAAAUAUAUUGUCCAUUCCGUGAAUAACUGCCACACUCAGAUGUAUUUAAUGAUUACUUAAACUAAUCCUUAGUAACGUUUGGUAGUAACUGGGUUACUGUUUUUUAAACGUUUACCCACACUAGGAUUUUCUCCUGUGUCGUGGGUGCGUUUACAAACAUACAAGUUUACAUGCACAUGACACCCAGACCCGAAACAACAACUUGUUUAAAUGAGCAACCAAGAGUUGCUCCGUGCGGGAAUCGAAGCUACUACACGUUGCACGGCAGCCAGUUGCCCAACGCGCCAAUCGUGCAGCCUUAUUAAGUAACCAUUAAAUGACUCUUGAGUAUGGCGGUAAGACGCUUUAAAAAUGGCUAACUUCAUUCUAUAG